UCUCCCUCUCCCUCUCCCUCUCGAUCGACAAGACUUGGCCGCAGCGCGUAUGAGGACGAGGCGAGGCGCGUGCUACUGCUCGCCGUGCCAGGAUGGGCCGCGCCGGAAGCGCCGCAGGGUCGGCGUCGCGGAGGGACCGGCGCCGGCGGGGAGUGGUGCCGGUGCCUGUGGGGAUAUGUUCGACGAGCUGCCGGACGAUCUCGUGGUGUCGAUACUGGCGGAUGUUGCCGCCUCCGCCCGGUCUCCCGCCGACCUCGCCGGCGCCAUGCUCACGUGCAAGAGGUUCAGGGAGCUUGGGGGGAACAAGGUGGUGCUCGCGAGGGCGUCGCCGCGGUGCGUCGCCGUGCGGGCCGGGGCGUGGUCGGACGCCGCGCACCGCUUCCUGCAGCGCUGCGCGGACGCCGGGAAUCUCGACGCGUGCUAUCUUCUUGGCAUGAUCCGGUUCUAUUGUCUCGGGAGCCGCGGGUCCGGGGCGGCGCUGAUGGCGGCGGCGGCGGUGGGCGGGCACCGGGAGGCGCUGUACUCACUGGCGGUGAUCCAGUUUAAUGGCAGCGGGGGCACCAAGGACGACCGCGACCUCCGCGCUGGGGCGGCGCUGUGCGCGCGCGCGGCGUCUCUCGGCCACGUCGACGCGCUCCGGGAGCUCGGCCACUGCCUCCAGGACGGCUACGGGGUGCGCCGCUCCGUGCUCGACGGGCGGCGCCUCCUCAUCCAGGCCAACGCCCGCGAGCUCGCCGCCGCGGUCGCCGCGUCGGCCUCGCUCCUCCGCGCCGCCGCCGGCGGCGGCGGCAAGCCGGCCUCACGCCGGCACUCGUGCCUCCUCAGCGACUUCGGCUGCCACGCGGCCGCCAAGGCCGGCGGCGAGGCGCACGCCGCCAACCGGUUCCUCGUCGACUGGUUCGCGUCCCGCCCGCUCGCCGCCGCCGCCGCCACCGCCGCGGCGAGCGCCACAGCAGCGGUGAGCGCGGCGGAGGACGACGGCGGCGCGGGCGGCGGCGGCGACGAGUCGUGCGGCCUGCGCCUGUGCUCGCACGCGCUGUGCGGGCGGCCGGAGACGCGGCGCCACGAGUUCCGGCGCUGCUCCGUCUGCGGCGUGGUGAACUACUGCUCCCGCGCAUGCCAGGCGCUGCACUGGAAGACGGCGCACAAGGCCGAGUGCACGCCCAUGGACCGGUGGCUCGACAACGCCGUCGCCCCGAAUGCCGCCGCCGCCAUGGCCGCUCCGGCCCCAUGACCAUGGAUCGAUCCCACGAAACCCCCUCUCCCUCCUUCCCUCGUCGGAACCGGCUCACGCUCGCCGCCGGCCGCCGCGACACGGACGCAGCAGCACAAUGGAACUAUUACCAUCACUCUGCGUUCUUUCUUUUUUUUCACCCGGAGUUUUCACUACUUCUGUACAUGAACAUGGGUUCCUUGAACGCUGAGGUAAAGGUAAAAAGGCAAAAAAAAAAAAAGAAAAAGAUCUGAAACUGAACUUUUUUUUUUCACCGUUUGUCCGGAAGCAAAAGCAAUACGCGAGGACGGACUGAAAUUGUCUGAGAUGAAUGUGACGUCGAAAUCCACGGCUUUUUUGGGUUUUGGUUUUGGUUUUGGUUGCUUCCUCUCUGGUGCGCGGCCGUGCUGCUGCUGCUGCUUCCUUGCUCCUGGGCACAAAGCGAGGGAACCGCGACAAAGCGAUCAAGUGCGCCGUGGCACCACGGCUUCGGUUCCUUGUUGCGGCGUGGUUCCAUCUGCUUCUCCUGCGAAAACAAAACGAAAAUUUACUAUUCACCACUAUUACGUCUUAGCAAUUCUUACAAAUUUUGCUCUUAGAAUUGUACAUACAAAAUUCGUUUUUAACUAUCUUUGCUUGCGUACGUGGCGUGCUGAUGUGGCUUGACAGUUAGAUAAACGGUGUGGAGCCUACAUACUAUUACUCUUACAUUUUUUUAUCAGAUCCAUGUUUUCGCUUUCGCCUAUGUUUACAAGACAAAAAAUAAAUUUUCAUCUUAAAUUAAGAGUCGAUUUUCAAAUUUCUUAGUCUAACCUCUUAAAUCGCUAACAACAUAUGUAUAAAAGUUUUAUUUACAAAUUUUUUUUAUUAAUAAAUAUUUCAUUUGCCUUUCUUUCUGUUGC